AUGUCUUUGCAUUAUGAUGCUGUCAUCAUCGGCUCUGGCCAAGGCGGGACGCCGCUUAGUAUGGCAUUCGCUAAAGCUCAAAAGAAGACUGCACUGAUCGAGAGUACUCACGUCGGUGGCUGCUGUGUUAACGAAGGCUGUACGCCAACCAAAACCAUGAUUGCCUCGGGCCGGGUCGCCUAUCUGACACGAAGAGGUCCAGAGUAUGGCGUAAACAGCUCAAAGCCCGAGGAAGUACGUAUCAAUAUGGAAAAAGUGAGGCAGCGGAAGCGCGAUAUUGUAGACUCGUUCCGGUCUGGCAGUGAACGCAGGCUCCGUGACGCUGGCGUUAACGUCAUCUCGGGUUCCGCAAGCUUUGAAAAUGAAAGCACGAUUAAAGUUGCCGGCAACAACGGCGAUGAUAAGACAAUAACUGCCGACAAGAUCUUUAUUUGCACGGGAGAGCGGCCAGCACCCCCCAAUAUUGAGGGCUUCAAUGCGAAAACUUUCCCCGCUGGCACUGUCCUUGAUUCUACCUCUAUUCAGGAGCUUGGGGUUGUUCCUUCGCAUCUCAUUGUGGUUGGAGGAGGCUACAUUGGUCUUGAAUUUGGCCAGCUCUUCCGCCGCUUGGGUGCCGAUGUGACCAUCAUACAACGGAACUCUCAACUCCUUCCCCGGGAGGACAAAGAAGUGGCUGAUGAGAUACUCAAGAUUCUCAAACAAGACGGCAUUUCGGUGCUUCUCAAGACAUCACUGACGGAAGUUAGUGCCACUGGUAGCACUGAUCCUGCCAAAGCUAUCUCGGCAACCGCUUCAGGACCGGAGGGUACACCUCAAUUGACUGGCUCUCAUAUCCUGUUCGCCGCUGGUCGAGUUCCCAAUACUAAGGCCCUGAAUCUUGAUGCCGCUGGGAUAAAGACUACUGGUCGCGGCCACAUUGUGGUUAAUGAAACGUUGCAAACUUCCAACCCGCGUGUCUGGGCUCUCGGCGAUGUCAAAGGCCCGCCGGCGUUCACACACGUCUCCUACGACGAUUUUCGGUUGCUGCAAGGAAACUUGCUCGAGAAGGACUCCCACCCUACUGCCAUGACAACCGUGGACAGAAUUCUGCCAUAUGUCGUUUACACGGACCCGCAGCUUGCUCAUGUUGGUCUACAUGAGAAAGAGGCGAGGGAGAAGUAUCCGCACGCGAAGAUCCAAGUAGCCAGGAUGCCGAUGGCCUACGUGGCAAGAGCUCUUGAGACUGAUGAGUCUAGAGGAAUGAUGAAGGCUAUCAUCGACGCAGACUCACAAAAGAUCUUGGGCUUCACGUGCUUGGGGCUAGAAGGCGGCGAGAUUAUGAGUGUGGUGCAGAUGGCCAUGAUAGCAGGCAGCAAGUGGACGGCGCUUCGAGAUGCCGUUUGGGCACACCCUUCCCUUGCAGAGAGUUUAAAUAAUAUUUGGGGAAUGCUUGAAUAG